AUGCCACGCGCCAGGAAACGUUACGCCGAAAGUCUAGAUGAGGACUCCGAUGGUGGAUCCUCGUCAUCAGAAGUGGGAUUACCUCCGCCACCAACCAACGAUGCAAAUCUUUUUACAAUUCUGGAGCUGCAAAACCGUAAUUUCGUCGAGUUGAUAAAAGAAGUACAGCGCUCUCAACAUGAACCAAAAGACACCAAAACCAUCGUACUGCCAAAGUUCAACCCUGAUCGUGCAGGAUCAAACGCACUGUCCUGGUGUUCGACUGUCGACUACAUUUUGUCUGAAAACCAGCUGGAGGGCAGCGCUCUCGUAAUGGCCCUCAGCAACUCAUUGGAAGGCAUCUCACUGGCUCUCGCAGACAUGUUUUCCCGGCAUUUCAUGGACGCAGUUUCGAGAAUUAUUUUUGCAAUAUUUUUCCGGAACUGA